CGUGCGCAAGCCGCGGCGGCUCGGCGGCUGUCACUCGGGCUGGCAUGGCGGUGUGCGCUCGUCUCUGCGGCGUGGGCCCGUCGCGGGGAUGCCGGCGCCGCCAGCAGCGCCGGGGCCCAGCCGAGACGGCGGCGGCCGACAGCGAGCCGGACACGGACCCAGAGGAGGAGUGCAUCGAGGCGGGUGCAGCGGUGCUGUGUGGGGCGGAGGGCGGCCGGAGCGCGGGCCCCUCGUCGCCCCCGCGCUGCUCGCUGCUGGAGCUGCCGCCCGAGCUGCUGGUGGAGAUCUUCGCCUCGCUGCCCGGCACCGACCUGCCCAGCCUGGCCCAGGUCUGCACUAAGUUCCGGCGCAUCCUGCACACCGACACCAUCUGGAGACGGCGCUGCCGGGAGGAGUAUGGCGUUUGUGAAAACUUGCGGAAGCUGGAGAUCACGGGCGUGUCUUGUCGGGACGUCUAUGCGAAGCGUAUAAACCCUCGCGUGAAGUCGGGACGUUUCAUGAAAAUUCUUCCCGAUUACGAGCACAUGGAGUACAGAGAUGUGUACACCUGCCUGCUCCACCGAUACAGACACAUUUUGGGAUUGUGGCAGCCAGAUAUCGGACCGUACGGAGGACUGCUGAAUGUAGUGGUGGAUGGCUUGUUCAUUAUUGGCUGGAUGUACCUACCUCCCCACGAUCCUCACGUGGAUGACCCCAUGCGAUUCAAGCCCUUGUUUAGAAUCCACCUGAUGGAGAGGAAGUCUGCCACAGUGGAGUGCAUGUAUGGCCACAGAGGGCCCCACAACGGCCAUAUCCAGAUUGUGAAGAAGGAUGAAUUCUCCACCAAGUGCAACCAGACGGACCACCACAGGAUGUCUGGUGGGCGGCAAGAGGAAUUCCGAACGUGGCUGAGGGAAGAAUGGGGACGGACCCUGGAGGAUAUUUUCCAUGAGCACAUGCAGGAGCUCAUCCUGAUGAAGUUCAUCUACACCAGUCAGUAUGACAACUGCCUGACCUACCGCCGCAUCUACCUCCCGCCCAGCCACCCGGAUGACCUCAUCAGGCCAGGCCUCUUCAAGGGCACCUAUGGCAGCCACGGCCUGGAGAUCGUCAUGCUCAGCUUCCAUGGGAAGCGUGCCAGGGCCACAAAGAUCACGGGUGACCCCAACAUCCCUGCCGGGCAGCAGACAGUGGAGAUCGACCUCAUGCACCGCAUCCAGCUGCCGGACGUUGAGUACCUCCGAAACUUCAACGAGCUCUCCCGCAUCGUCCUGGAGGUUCGCGAGCAGGUGCGCCUGGAGCAGCAGCAGGAGGAAGACAGGCCCGAGGAUGGCGAGGACCACAGCAGGCAGAGCCCCCGAGAGCCCCAGCGUGGUCCUGUCCAGCCCAGCGCGGGGCCGCCCACUGAGAAGGGCAAGGAGCCGGGGGACGGCGGGGCUGUGGCUGCGGAGGAGCAGCCUGGCCAGUGCGGGCAGGGGCAGCCAUUCGUAUUGCCCGUGGGCGUGAGCUCGAGGAAUGAGGACUACCCCCGCACCUGCAGGAUGUGCUUCUACGGCACGGGCCUCAUCGCUGGCCACGGCUUCACCAGCCCCGAGCGCACCCCCGGGGUCUUCAUCCUGUUCGACAAGGACCGCUUCGGGUUCAUCUGGCUGGAGCUGAAAUCCUUCAGCCUGUACAGCAGGGUCCAGGCCACCUUCCGGAACGCGGACGCACCCUCCCCACAGGCCUUCGAGGAGAUGCUUAAGAACAUUCAGUCCCUGACCUCCUGACGGCCCCCUUCCCUGCUGGGGGGAUGUGGGGGGGUGGCAGCUUCAGACCCCUCAACCUGGGCAGAGCAGCAGCAUGCACUUUGGAGAUCUGACCUUCUGAGCAGAACACCCGCCUUCUCGUAGGCGUCUUGACCCAGCCACCCGAGUUAACGUUCUAUAGAGUGUGCAACAUAUGCCUGUGUAGUUGUCAGUAGCUAGUGGGGAAGCUGAGCUGAGCAUGUCUUUAAAAAACACAACAAAAGACCCAGAACUGAUUUAGAGGACGGGCUGCAGAGGCGUGUAAAUAACUGAAUUGGAGAAAUUGGAUUUGUCUUUGGCCCACUGGCAGUGUUCUAGGGAAAAGAAAAUCUUCCUUCAGGGAAGUUCAUGAGGUAACAAGAGACUCUUGCCGUGGGCUGAUCUAAGGGGUCGAGUGUGUGGAGUGCCAGCUCCACCACUUGCCCUGCAGGAAGCCAGUGAAAGUGGCCGUGGACCUGUGAGGAGGGCCUUGGCAAGGUGAACUGUGCAGCCUGGGCAGGUGCGCGGGGGUAGUGGGUGUGGAAGGAGAACCCCAGGGAGUUGAAGGUGCCCAGCUUGGGACCCAGGACUGAAUUCUCGUUGAUUGACUGACUCACUUGGAUUUUGGACGGAAGCGCUUCACCCCAUCUCAGUUUGGGAACCACUGAAAUGGGGUUAGCGAUACAGGUCACUAGAGAACGUCACUGUGGGUCUUUGAGCAGCUUGGAGGCCCUGUGACCACCACU